AUUUGUAUGAGUGGAGAAUUCGUUUGUAUUCUAUCGCUGGGCGCAUGCACUUUUCGUAUAAACGCAAUGAGAAUUUGCAGCGGCUUCAAUUGAAAGGAUCCCAUUUCAAUGGCAAAGGUUCAGUUUUACUUGUGCUCGCCUUGUAUUCCGGUUCGGCGCUUCAAAUUUUUUCUUUUUAGCUUAAGAAAAUAUUUCACUAUGAUUUUGUGACGCGACUGAUAGCACCAUAAUUGACAAUGCUUUCCUUAAUUGGGCGUAUAUAUUUAUAAAAUUAAGCAGUUUGUCAACAGAUUGAGGCCACUUGAAUCUUCACACGUCACCAAUCAAGUAUCUGUCACAACAAAGUGAUUUUGGGUUCGGUCGAUUUUAAGGCCUUGCCAGAUUGCCUUCCAAAAAUUACAAUAUUUAUUUUAUAAAAUAUCUUCCAAGUCCUUAGUAUUUUAAAUACAACGGACAUUCGUGAUUUUAAUAGAGCAUAAAUGCACAUUUAAUUUGCAUAGUAAUAAUUGGAUCGAGGAGCAAUUAAUGUAGAAUAAGAUGCAAUCAAAAAUAUGCUGUUAACGCUUUAAGAAAAGACGCAUUAUUUUAUAUAAAUAUUAGGAACAAAUUCAAUUUGUUUGCCAGUCAAACUUACAGAUUGCUAAAAGGGGAAAACAAAAAGUGGCAUGAGCCAUUCAUCAGGAUACCGGAAAUAUGAUGAUAAUGAGUGUAGUGGGCCUAGACCACCUGUACCCGGAGAAGAAAGUCGAGCUAAAAAGAUGACCGAAGGGGUGGCUGACAAUUCCCGAAACUCACCACCGUCAUAUUUGAAUUGGGCCCGAACACUUCAUCAUCUUCUGGAAGAUCGUGAUGGUGUAGAACUAUUUAAAAAAUAUGUUGAAGAAGAAGCACCUGGGUAUAAUGAUCAUUUAAAUUUUUAUUUCGCCUGUGAAGGUUUAAAACAACAAACUGAUCCAGAAAAAAUCAAACAGAUAAUAGGAGCGAUAUAUCGGUUCCUACGAAAAAGUCAGCUGUCAAUACCUGAAGACUUGCGUCGAACAAUAAAAGCAGGUCUUAAAAAUGAAGUCCCGCUCACUCCGGACGUAUACGAUUCAAUGCAGCAACAUGUGGAGGCCACCAUACGUGACAACAUUUAUCCUAGCUUCCUGUGUUCAGAAAUGUAUAUUUUGUAUAUUCAACAAAUGUCCGUUUCACAUGAGCGUUUUGGGAGCGGUAUGGCUGGUUCCGGCAGUGGAAGCAGUAGCGGUGCUAGUUGUGGAAGUAGUGGGGUAGGAAUUGCAUCGACCAGUGGAGCUUGUGCGCUACUCUUGAGUUCUGGGAAAACAGCUUCGUCGGUAGCGCCUCUAAUUAAUUUGCCAAUUAACGCUUCUGGAACUAAUGCACUUCUUGGAGGUACUUGUAGUGCAAGUGGAAGCGUCUAUGGUCCUUCAACUUCAGCCAGCUCAAGUGGUUCUGUUAGCGCAACAGAUACGCUUCCGCGCAGCUCCACAUUGCCAACCCUUCAUGAAGAUUCGGAGUUGUCGCUUUGUGAUGAUCUGGAGAGAUUACGUGUGGAAUGCGGUCGAAUACCAGGAGAUAUGCCGAUACGUCUUACCCACGAUCUACUUUUAGCAACUCAAAAGAGAAGACUGGAAAUACGACCCCCUGGUGCUCAUGGGUAUGUAUACCGUGCGAGUGCAAAUACUUCUUACGUUCCGAAUUCUCGUGUUGAUUCGGAAAGGGCGAGCGUAAGUUCCGGUGGCCGAACUGAUUCUGAUACGAUGUCCCUUUCUAGUUGUUCUAUGGAUGGACGGCCUUAUAUUCAAAGAAGACAUAGUUCAAAUGAAAGUAAAGCCAUACGCCAAAGUGCAAUGGCCAACAAAGAAACGAACUCGUUUCAAGUUAUACCUCGCACCCAACGUCUCCAUUCAAAUGAACAUCGACCUCUCAAAGAGACUGAGCUGAUUGCGUUGCUUAUUCCAAAACUAGAAGAAGUCAAACGCAAGCAAGACAUAGAGGAUAGGGCUCGAUUCGACCGUUUCACGGAUGAUUCAUUACCGACAAAUGAAAGGCUUGCCAGCGAUCGUGCGUUUGCAGAAGCGAUUCGUGAAAAAUUUGCUUUGGAGGAAGACAAUGACCAGGACAUACUUGAUCAGCACGUAUCGAGAGUUUGGAAGGAUCAAACUCCUCACCGUUCACCUGGCACUGUGUCGCCUUGCCCACCCCUGCCAACUCGGAGACGAACAAUAACCCACGAUUCUGGAAUGCUUAGCGACGGUGCAAUGAGCAUAGGGGGGCAUUCUAUGAAGCACUCCAAGUCGAUGCCUGACCACAGUUCCUCCUCCAGGAAGUUAACAAAUAAAUGGCCUUCCAUAAAUACAGAUAGCGGAAUCAGUCUGUUCUCAGCCGAUACUCUUAUGAAGUACAAAGACACCAGCUCGCGAUCUGGUUCAAGUACGGCCUCAAAGUCAGAAGAGGCAAAAAGAAGACUGGAAGAUGAGACCAGAAGGUCUCGUCGCUACACCCAACAACAUACACAGAUAACACAGCAACCACCUUCAUUCAGUAGCAGUAGUAGCGGAAGCAGUAGUUUACAACACCAGUCACAGCCACCGCCGCUACCGGCAAAGCCUUUAGAGACCACAACUGUCGUAUUCUCUUUCUGUGACGAAGAAUAUCCUUACAGAUCGAAAAUUCCCGGUUCACAGCCCACCCUGAAGCAGUUCAAGGACUAUUUGCCUAAGAAAGGCAAUUUCAGAUUCUUCUUCAAAACCCAUUGUGAAGAUCCGGAUAGUCCAGUGAUACAGGAAGAGAUUGUAAAUGACAGUGAUAUUUUGCCCCUUUUUGAAGGAAAAGUGAUGGGUCUAGUAAAGCCAUCCGAUUAGAUUUAAGCUAAAUUAUAGCAAAUCACAUGGACUAGCCUAGCGGGAUUAAAUAAGAAUUGCAACGAAAAUAAAAAAUAGAAGUAAUGAAAUAAAAUGUUAAAUUUAAAUGUGUAUUUAGUGUUAAGUGAUAAUUGAUGGAUUACACAAGAAUCAAGUUUUGUAAAAAUAUUAUUUUUGAAUUUUGAUAAACGCAAAAUAACUAUGUACAUAGAU